CUCUGACAUUCGCACGCAAACCAAUCACUAUGCAAUUCCUCCGACCGUCGACAAUGCUGCGGGCCUCGGCUCUACGGCCAGCGCUCUCUAAAGCACCCCGAGCUGGUCUUCAAGUCCGCUUCGCAUCUCAAGACUACGGCUCGGGCGAAGGCAACCCCGCCGGCGAAAACCCGCAACAACAAGGCAAGCGACCGCGCGAGGAGCUCGAGCACCCAGGUCCGCCACCGCCGAAGGUGGCCCAGGGCAAACCGGGGCAGGAGACCUCACAAGCCUCUUCCCAGUCCUCCUCUCAAGGCUCGUCCCAAGGCACAUCAGCGACCGGAUCAAAAUCCACAAACGACAGUGGGGGAGACUCAAAGCCCAGCGAGGGCAGCAGCAGCCCGAGCGGCCAGCGAAGCAGCGGCAAGGGAGUCAAAGGUGCGCAGCCAAAGAUCCUGAGUGACAACCCGCCCGGUGAGAAGGACGAGUCCGUGAGGCAGCAUAACGAGGAGAUGGACCAUCGGGCUGAGAAGGCGUAUGAGCAGGUCAGUAACAAGGACGCGGCGAAGGACAAGGCGCCACCGGGGUACUGGAGUGGACACGGUGGACGCGACAAGCAGCCAUAAGGGAUGGCGCUGAGUAUGUUACCGAUGUACAAUAUUUGCAGCCAAAGCAUGAAUGGUCAGGGCAAAGGACUGUUAGGGCGGAAUCAUCGUCCUCAAGCGUAGCCAGCAACUCUGUAGCUGGCAUACCGAAAUGUAAUCACACGGAGUUUUCACGCUCUUGCUUCUCUCAGCACACGCGUCAAAGG